AUGACUCAGCUCAUGGCUGACUUCCGCAUUCCGAAAAUUUUUUCACGAAGCAGAAGUGAAAUGAAAGAUGGAAAAUUAAUGUUGAAGAAUAAAUCAAUCCUUUUGCGAGACCGUUGCUCAAAAACUCAUGAAGCUUGUCGGAAUCCAAAACAGUGGCCAUUAAUUCUUGACCAGGGAUCGGUUCUCAUGAAGAAUCGUGGCAGCACAUUAUUGGAUGGAUGCGGAUAG